UGCCAUGCGGAAAGCUACUUUCACGUCCCAUCGAUUUCAAAUCAACUUUGGCAUUGCCGAGGAAAACGAGGAGGACCUCAAAGCCGUUCAACUCGACGACGAUCCUUCGCGAACACCUCAAUCGGAAGCAUCGAUUUACAUGCCGCCUGACGACUUAAUAUCACCAAUAGUUGUACAAAAGGCUGAAGAAUGGCAAAAAAUCAAUACAUUAUCAAAGUUAGAAAACGGCAGUAUACGUCGCCAAACAAUGCCGGAAAUCCGCAUAAGUUCGUAUCCAUCGACACCAAGACGAUCGAGUAUAACCAACGCAGCGAUCUAUUCGAGUAUCGGACCAAGUAUCGCGAGUGUUUUCCCAGGGGCACCGAGCAAUUUUCUCUCGCCGUCCCCCGAUGCAGCAUCGCAACUCGUUAUUUCGAAUCUAAGACGAAGUGCAACGUUCGUUGCUCUCGCCGAGCCAUCAGCACUGGAGGAGGCAGUGAGAGAUGCAAAAGGACGAAGAUGGUCGUCGAGAUUGCCAUUCUUUCGUGGUUUCAAUCAGCACGACGCGAUAGGCAAUGGGACUCUAGAUGAGAACAAGAAACAUCAUCAUCAUCUCAUGUUGCCGCAUCUACAUUUCCCAGCAAUCGACUCGAUAGGCUCGGGUUAUGGACGAAAGUUCAGCUUUGGAAUUAGGAGGCACUCGCAUACGACUCUGCAUCGGACCGACUCGAUGGUAUCUCUUUGCUACCGCACACUAGCCAAUUACGUCAGCGAUGACAACCUUGCCGGCUUGCAGAAUUUCCUCGAGAACAAAAGGGUCCAGGUCGACGAUCGCGAUGAGAACGGCAGCACAGCACUUAUUCUUUCAGCGAGUAAAGGCAAAAUCCACUUUGUCCGAGAGCUCAUCAACUACGGAGCCGACGUUAAUGCUGAAGAUGUGGACAAUUGGACGGCACUGUUAUUCGCAGCGAAGGAGGGAUACGACGACGUGUGCCUGGAGCUGUUGGAACACGGCGCCGAUUUGGAGCAUCGCGACGCGGGAGGCUGGUCGGCACUUAUGUGGGCAUCGUACAAAGGGCGCACGUCGACGGUGACGCUGCUGUUGGCGCGCAACGCCGACGUUAAUGCUUACGGCAACUAUCACAUAUCCUCACUGCUGUGGGCAGCCGGCCGCGGGUAUACUGACAUUGUCAAGGAAUUACUUGCUCACGGCGCUAAGGUCAAUGUCGGCGACAAGUACGGCACAACUGCAAUAGUAUGGGCGGCUCGCAAGGGCAGCUUAGAGAUAGUGGACGCAUUGCUAAAAGCUGGAUCCACGGUCGACACUGCAGGAAUGUACUCGUGGACGCCAUUGAUAGUGGCAACAUUAGGCAAUCACGUGGAGGUAGUGCUGUUGCUGCUCGAUUACAAGCCGAAUGUCAAUGCCGUGGACAAGAACGGCUGCACAGCUCUAUCGAUUGCUUGCCGAGAGGGCUUCCACGAGAUUGCCAAUGCCAUGCUCAACGCUGGUGCAUACAUCAAUAUACAAGACAAGUCAGGAGAUACGAACUUAAUUCACGCCGUGAAAGGUGGACACAGAGGUGUCGUUGAGUCUUUAUUGAAAAAAUACGCCGAUGUGGACAUUCCGGGCAAGGAUAGGAAAACAGCGACUUACAUCGCCGUAGAGAAGGGUAAUGUUGCAGUCCUGAGGAUGCUUCUAAAUGCAAAUCCAGAUCUUGAAAUUGCCACGAAAGACGGCGACACACCACUGCUUCGCGCUGUGAGAUCAAGAAAUGCCGAAAUGGUACAGAUGUUGCUAGACAAAAAAGCCAAAGUUUCGGCUUCCGACAAGAAGGGUGACACUGUUUUACAUAUAGCGAUGCGCGCCAGAUCCAAGGGUAUUGUCGAGAUACUACUGAGAAAUCCAAAGAACAGUCAAUUGCUGUACAGGCCCAACAAGCAAGGCGAGACUCCUUACAACAUCGACAUCAAUCAUCCAAAAGCAAUAUUAGGACAGAUAUUUGGCGCUCGUCGAUUGAAUACUAACGAAGAUAACGAAAAUAUGCUUGGUUACGAUCUCUACAGUAGCGCGCUCGCGGAUAUAUUGAGCGAGCCAUCGUUGUCGACUCCCAUAACCGUAGGUCUCUAUGCGAAAUGGGGCUCGGGUAAAUCCUUUUUAUUGAAUAAACUUCGAGAGGAAAUGAAGAACUUCGCACGACAAUGGCUUGACCCGUCAUUCCAAUUCUCCUCGCUGUUGUUCCUAGUUAUAACGCACGUGUCGUUGUUGAUUGGAGUGACGAUCGGGCUAAUUUGUCAAUCAUGGAUAACUGGGCUAAUCUCCGGGGCAAGCUUAGUGAUUCUCAUUUAUGUCUUCCUACUUAUGGUUUGGUACGCAAAUAAGCGGUACGACUGGUAUUGGCCAUAUAACUUCACUGUGGCGCUUACCACAAAACUCAACUCGCUGAAACUGCUACUACAAGUGACCUUUUGCCAUCCACCAGGCAAUCAAACGCACGAGGGCAUCGCCAUACAACCGAUCAAAUUUUAUUUCACCGAUCAAACGCGAGUUGGCACCACGACGGCUGGUGAAAAUGCUGUUGUACAAAUGGUUGGCUCGUUGUAUGAUUCGAUCGAGAACGAGUUUGGUUCAUUGCCUACGCGUUUGUAUAGGGCUUUCCGGCCCAAGCCUGUUAAAAGUACUGCCUCAUGGAGGUGGAGGCAUCUCUGUUGUUUGCCUUAUGUAGCCAUAUUCGAGUUCUGUUUCUGUAGCUUCCUCGUUGGCGUUUCCAUACUUACUGUUUAUCUUGUCGACUCUCCCGAGGAUGAUCCAGUAAUCGAGCGCGUAACUGCGCAUGUCAUAAUGAUAAGUAUUGCUUUGCUGUUGGCUGUAAGUAUAAUAGCAAAUUUAUACACAUGGAGCAGAACCCUUCAAUCCUUAGUCUUUUCGCAACGAAGGCAAUUAAGGAGGCGCAUAGCCAAGUUGGAAACUUUAAAGAGCGAAGGUUUUCUGCAAACUCUGAGAAGCGAAGUUAAUCUUAUGACGGAAAUGGUCAAGUGCCUAGAUAGUUUUACAGCCCAAAAAAGUAGACUAGUCGUUAUUGUUGAUGGUCUUGACAGCUGUGAACAAGACAAAGUGUUAUUGGUGCUCGAUGCAAUACAAGCCUUAUUUAGCGAUAAUGGGUGCCCUUUUGUUGUUAUCCUAGCUAUUGAUCCUCACAUUAUAUCUAAGGUAUUAAAUUAUUGUAUAAAUAAUGCCGUAGAAGUUAAUAGCCGAAGACUCUUUACUGAGUCAAAUAUCGGUGGACACGAUUACUUGCGCAACAUGGUGCACUUACCCUUUUACCUGCAAAACAGUGGCUUACGCAAAGUCAAAAUAGCUCAACAAACGGCUUUGCACAGCACUAAAAAGGCCACGUGGAAUGAAGCUGAAGAGAGUGUCAAUUAUGCGACGACAAAUCCCGUGCAUCGUUCGGUAUCAAAUCGCCGUUUGAGUACUGAAUCAAGCGUUAUGAUGAAUAGUAAUGAGAAAUUAAAACCGCCGAGUCGUAAAAACAGCAGAAAGUUGAAGCUCAGCGAAUCCAUAGCCAGUAGUAUAGGUAGCAAUUUAAAUCGCCUGGGUGGAGCUCAAGAUCUUAACAAAAUGCUGCUUACCGACGAUUACUUCAGUGACGUUAAUCCACGCAGUAUGCGAAGAUUACUUAACGUCGUUUACGUUACAGGGAGAUUACUUAAAGCAUUCCAAAUUGAUUUUAACUGGUACCAUUUAGCUAGUUGGAUAAAUAUCACUGAACAAUGGCCGUUUAGAACGUCGUGGAUGAUUUUAUACUACGAUUCCUGCGAAGAUAAUCUUGAUGAUUCGAUGUCGCUGAAAAGUCUCUAUGAUAAAGUUCGUCCUCAAAUCCCAGUAUUGAAAGAUGUCCAGCCACUCCUUGAAAUAGAUCGAGAUGAACGAAAGCUCGACGUUUUCCUUACAUUUCACCGAUCGAGCCUUCUCGUUAGCGACAUGAAAAUCUUUCUGCCCUUCACAAUCAAUCUCGAUCCUUACAUUAAAAAAAAAAUCAAAGAAGAGCAGCAAAGCAUUGACGAAGAAGCGAAUCAUUCUGGCAUAUACAAAUGGAAUGCCCCCGUGGUUCCCGAAGUUGGUUGGCUAAUAAACCGGAAUACCCUAAACAACAGACAUUCGCGAUUGGCAAGAUCGACUGCUGGUCCAGCUACUAAUGUGCCUCCAACGCUACCACCACCUCCUUCAAUUUGGUCGAAUUAUAGAACGCCGUAUGAUUGGCAAAUGCCACAAUGGUCGCAUAUGCAUUCAUCAUUAGAACCUAUACCAAAGCCUAUUUCAGCAGUUACAAACUUACCUCCGGAUAUUCUUGAUCUCAAACUAUCUUGUUUAACAGUUGAUGCACUUUGUAACUUACUUGAUAACAUUCAAGAUCUCAACCCUAACCAAAUUCCAUAUUACAGAGAAAUAAUAAAAGAAAAUAAUAUAACUGGCAGAGUACUUCUUCAUUGUGAUUUGCAGGAAUUAAAAAAUGUACUUAAAAUGUCAUUUGGAGAUUGGGAAUUAUUUCGUAUGGUAAUUAUAUCAUUGAGGGAGCAGGAGCUGACCAAUUUUAUGACUCAAGAAGAAGGUUCUCGAAGCGUUAGAUUUCAUGUAGGUGCAGAAGAUAGUAAUCGUAAAGUGGAACACUCGACUCAAAAUACAGCUGUACGGGUAUCUGCAAUUAUUGAAAAGGAUAAAGGUUUAUCAAGAACGGACGGUCCAACUAGAAGAGAACAAGAAAGAAAACAAUCUAUAAUGGAGAAACAGGUAACGCUAGAGGAGCAAAUGAUAUGCGGAGCAUUGCAAACGUUGAACGAAGAGGCUUGCGAGGACGUGCUGGACGUGCCGGUAUCACCGGCGAUCGUCCCCACGGACUCACUGCCAGGUGACCGAAUAAGAUCAAGAGCAUCAAGUAUUUCACAGCAAGACACGGACUAUGUAAUAUUGCAAUCUAAUCCACUGCUGCAUUGGAUACCAGUAUCUGACGAUCAAGUCGAGGAAGAUACCUCAUCAGACAGUUCCCUCGACUCCGUCAAUCUUCCUCCCAUCCACCGUACUAAUUCGCAGCGAAGCAUAAGUUCGCGUUGCAGCAUCGUGUCCAGCUGCUCAACCUCUCAGUUCAGAGCUCCAGCCGCAAGUGCACACCUUCAGAGAGGCAAUAAACAGGUGACGGUGCUACGACCAUCUUCGUUACUAAUCUCGCCACCAUCAUCGCCUGCACUAAGAUCUAAGUCCGAUAAUCAUGGUACUUAUGGGAGCCAAGAUUUAGUGACUACUGCUUCAUCGAAACGUAGUUUAAAAUCGCGAUUAUCAACCUCGUCACUCAGCGAGGAAUUGACCAUUAGCAUCCCCGUGCCAGUCGUCUCAUCCACAAGCUCAUCUGGCCUCAGUAAGCUCACCAAACUGAAAGAUCGAAUUUUAAGCGGCAGCAAGUUGAACCAACAACAGCAACAUCAUCAAGGUGAGGCUGCUAUUACGACUACAACUGGUGUCGUCGAGGAAAAUAGCGAUGGAGAGUCAACGCCACUUGUUUCCGGAAUGUCCAGCCCAAGCAAUGAUUCCACCUCGGAUAAUGUGUUCAAGGCUACCAGUCCAGAGGAUGAAAGUAGCGACUCCGUGUCGCCGAUUUCCGCAACCAACAAGAGUAUGCGACGAGGUGGUGACCACUCUAGUGUUGACACUAUCGAUCACUAUGUCGACGCGAUUAGUUUAGUUGUUCAUGAAUCGAUGAAUUCUUCUAAUGGUGGACGAUCCUUGUCAAGGCAAAAUGCUCAGGAAUGGGACAACAAUCCUGAAACUCCGGUCUAAAAAUUCAACGGGAAAUGUCGAUUUCUUACGGAUAUUUAAACCGCAUGGCUGCGGAAACCAAGUUCGCGCUUUAGAUUGGCGCAUAGCAUUUAUUGUCAGGUGCUCCCUGGUGGCUAUUAUUCCCUUGAUACUUCCUCGCGCCAAUAAUUAGCUAAUUUUACUUUUAAUACGGGGAAAUGCGAGGAAUAUGAUAGCAUGUGUGCAGCUCGUAAAUCUGCAUCAGAUUCCACGAGGUAGCGAAUAUAGCUAGCAACUUUUGUAGUAUCUAUGUAUAAAACCAGGAAUACGAAAAAUUUUAAUUUGAUGAAUGACAUUCGAAGGACUGGUUUUUAUAAUUUUUAACGAAAUGUUUAACGAUACUUAAGAUAUUUUUUGCACUCGAAGACUGGGCUGCGUUCAUUACUAAAUGUAUUCAGAAUCAAUAUUCCUGGGAUUUCAUCCUUGCUACUUAACGCAAUGUUGCCUUUUAUCAUGAAUUAAAUGAAUUUUUUAUAAUUUUCCUUAAGGAAUUGAAGGAAUAAUUUUCAAGAUUGAAAAAUAAUUGAAAUAUAUUCGAUAUUUUAUUUAUAUUGUUAGAAAUUUGUAUUCCAUGACGAAAUUGCAUUUUCAUUAAAAUGAAUCUUGGAUUAUUCUAACAACCAUAAUUUUUUAAUAUAAAAUUUAAAGAUAGGAAAAACUUAUAGUAGCGUUACUUGCUUUUUAGUAUCAAGUACUGAUUCUAGAAUGAUUAUAUAUGUACCAAUUUCAUUCAACAAAGGUUAUGAAAAGGUAACAGUUUCUUAUGUAUAAAAGAAGAGAGCUUUUAACUGUUUCGUAAAGUAUUUCAGUGAGAAUCAGCAAAGAGUAGAAUAGAUGUAUACCUUGUAAAUUAAUCAAAUGUCAAUCAAUGCUUAAGGUUAAAAGACGUUUACUUAAUUUAAUUCUUAGGCGCGCAAAUGAAUUGUAUGUACACAACAUGUAUUGUAAAAACAAAGAAUAUUGUGAUUAUUAAUACGGUAUGUAAAUAUAUCAAUGGCUAUUGAAUAAUGAAUGUAAGUGAUGGCAGUAUUACUUAGAACAAAAUUUGUGCCUUAAUUCAUAAUAUGAAUGAUUAAAAAGGCUUCUACGAUUUUUCUAUUAUUCGGUGAAUAAUUUCAUGAUAUAAAUAUAUUUUUGAUAUUUUUACCUUACAAAGUGGACUACAUUAAGAUAAUGGUCCAUAAAUAAUUAAAUUACUGCAAACUUUUUUUGCUAUCCUACUUAGUGAAUUAUAAUGAUCUUAAAUUUAAAAGCUUUUAGUUAUUUUCGAAGUUUUUACAUUAAAUAUAUAUUUUUGAAACUUUUCAUUUAUCGAACAAAUUAAAGCUUCUAUUAGUAGAAUGAACAAUCAUAAAAAUAUUUUUUGAAAAACAAGUAGGUUACAAUA